UCGUCGUCGUCGUCCCCGCAGAAAAAGAAGCGCAAUCGCCAAAAGUCUGGCUACGCUCCGCCUUCAACUUAUGCCCACUUGCCAGAGCUGCCUGAUGCCGUCGCGCCCAAUCUCCUGGUGUUUUUCAUCGGCCUGAACCCCGGCAUAGAGACUGCUCGGACAGGCCAUGCUUAUGCACACCCUUCCAAUCUAUUUUGGAAACUCCUCUUCUCGAGCGGCGUGACGCCCGUGCCGUGCCGUGCCGAUGAGGACAGGCAGAUGCCGGAGCGGUUCAGUCUUGGACUAACCAACAUCGUGGCACGGCCCAGUCGAAACGGCGCCGAGCUCAGUAAACAGGAGAUGGACGACGGUGUCGCUCUCUUGGAAGACAAGGCUCGCAAGUGGCGGCCAGAGAGCAUGUGUGUCGUUGGCAAGAGCAUUUGGGAGAGCAUCUGGCGUGUGCGUCACGGGUCUCCCGUUGGCAAGGCGUUCAAAUACGGGUGGCAAGACGAAUCUGAGAACAUGGGCAUCAUCAAGGGCGAGUGGGCGGGAGCAAAGGUCUUUGUUGCAACGAGUACAAGCGGACUUGCAGCAUCCAUGUCCCCGGCCGAAAAGCAGGCUGUGUGGAACCAGUUGGGCUCCUGGGUCAAGACAAGAAGAGCCGAAAGAGAG